AUUGUUUUGGUGGGGUCCAUCCAUGGCAGGUGCCUGUUGGAGGACGGCGGUCAGAUCUUCCCAGAGAGAAUAGUGUUGUACGGGAUGCUGGUGGAGUCUGACACCCUGCUGCUGGAGAGUGCUGUCCAGGGCCAGGAGCCGACACUGGGCUUCAACAUCGCCCGUUCAUCAACCAGUUCACUGUUCCAGUCCAUGUGUUUCUGGACUUGUCCACUCUGCAGUGUAGACAUCUCAGUGACUCUGUAGAACUAUUUAUCCUGGACCUCAUGAACACCAACGCCAACUAUACCAACAGAGAUGUCAAGGUCCAGGCUAGUGCCUCAGGCAGGGUAACUGCUGUGCCCUUCUGGUACCAGAUCCACCUGAACGAGGAGAUCAGCGUGAGCACCUUCAACCAGGACUCCCAUUGGAAGCAGGCUGCUGUGGUGCUGCACCAGCCCCUGGCAGUGAGGGAGGGAGAAUGGGUACGACUGGCCGUCACCCUGCAGAAGAGCUCCAUCUCCAUAUCAGCCAGUAUAGAGGAAGGGGCUGGAGAGACCGGGACUGUGGAUUCUGUUAAGAGUCCGCUCAGUGACUGUCUGUGAUAAGUAGAUGUCUGGUGAUAUGAAAGUACAAGAGUCAACUUCAUAAGUGUUUAAAAGGAGGGAGCUGUGGUGCUUUUGAUUCUACAAGAGCAUCAAGUCAAGGUAUCACUCUGGGUUCUAUAUUGUGAGUGUGAACUGCAUAUGUGUCGAGGAGGGGAAGGGAUUGGACUAUGGAUUCUCCGGAAGCUCCAGCUCUAAAAUGACCCAUGGUCUACAAUAGCUACCAUCUCAAUAUGCCUUCUCUCAGGACUUUCACAAAGACAUUUACAUGUUUUAUGAUGUGCUCACCUUGAGACGUUUUGGUCUUUAGUGUGUUCAUAAUCUUGUUUUGGAAUGACGUCUGUUGAUUAUGGUUGCAGUCUUCAUUCAAAUGUUUUGUAUCAGCACUUGCAUUUUAUCUCCAAAAUAAUAAUUUAGAAAUCAAAGAAAAUCAUAAUGAACAAACAAGAGACUUGGUGUCACCUCAACAACAUUGUGUCAAUUUCUUAUUGACGCUAAGCAAAAACUGACAGCCACAUUGAAUUUCAUUUAUUGGAGGGUGAAUGUUUGGAACCUUGAGUUGAACUCUCAAAAGACACAGGUGCUGACACGUUUGAUGUAGUAAUUCCUCUGAAGGUUAAUGCUUUGUGACAAACAUCAGGUAAGGCAAUAGCUGCACACACUUGACACACAUUCCUGAUAGGAAGACGUUCUACUAAUGGAUGAAUGAAACUAGUAAAAGACUAUCAAUCCCUUUCAGUACAGUAAAUCACAACUAAUAUCCCUGAAAAGCUUAAAACAGAAAUUAGAAUGGUAAGUUAAAUGUCAGAUACAUUGGUGCAACAAAAUGUAUAUUUAUAACUAUGUAAGCAUCAGUUUAUAUUUAUAAAUGAGAGGCAGACGUGAAAUGUGUGAAUUACUUGAUAGUGGAUACACUAGGACAAGGCAUCUGAGAAGACGCUCGAGGCUGUUAGCGUUAAUGCCAAAGUGAGACACCGC